AUGACUGACAAGAAGAGACAGCGCCGCAACGAGCUCGACAACCUCCGAGAAGACCUCGGCCCCUACUACCAUCGACCGUCCCCUCGUCCCGACUCUGUCGACACGGUUAGCAACCACGACCGCACCAACAGCGGAGGCGGCGGCUCAGGCUCGGCGGCGAGAACGGGAGUGGGCGGCAAUACUGGCAGCCCCGGCAGCAACAUCAUGUCACAACGCAAUCGAAGUGGACGCGGCAGCAACCGCAGCAACGGCAACAAUUCUCACGGAGAAGAGGCACAGAUAUGGGACUCGUGCAAGAGCCAGCUUGCCGAGAUUGUCCUUGGCAUCAACGCCGAGAACGACAACCUCUCGGAGCUGGUCGAAAUGGACAAGAAAGUCGGUGCCGCCGACCCGGAAAGGAUACCCAACGACUCGCUUAGGCAGAUGGAGCAGCUGUGUCGAAAUGGCGUCAAGUUCUCCGAGGCCAAUGUCUCGAGCAUCAAGGCAGUCAUGGAGCAGCUCAAGAUUAUGCGCGCCGUUAUCGUCGCCAAGGAACAGGCCGAGGCCAGCUCGUCGGCACCUACGGGGAAACGAAAUGUGCGAGACAGUGCAGCUGCAGUCGCGGCUUCGUUGUACGAUUUUGACGGAGCCGGCGACUCCCCCGUCCCCAGUCCCAUUGGCGGGUCCUCGCGAAAGUACGGCGACCGCUCCAGCAACCGGGACAGAGACAGCAUGCCUCCCAAGGCCGAUGGUGUAGAGUUUCAGGGCUCGUCUGGGACGGGCAACGGUGGCGGAGGCUCAGGGUCGACUGCCGCUGCUUCAGGCGCUUCCGCCGCUGCUUCCGCCGCCGCCGCUGCUGCCGCGGCCGCCGCGGUCGCCGCCAGCAACAAGUCCAAAGUCGUCUUUUCCAAAGGUGAUGCGGUGGCAUUCAAGCCCAGGACUGGCGGAGAAGGUGUUUCGGACUGGAUCAUGGGUGAGGUGGCUCAGGUUCUAGGCGAAGGCAAGAGCCGGCGGUACAAGGUGCUGGACAUCGAGCCAGAAGACCAAAGCAAACAAAAGGAAUACCGGACGAGCGCAAGCAGCAUGAUUCCAAUCACGCCCGAGAGCCAAGCGAGCACGCUCAAGGACUGGGAGUCUGGGCAGGUGGUUCUAGCCCUGUAUCCGAACACGACGACAUUUUACAAGGCCGAGGUUCACAGCAUGGACAGCCAGGGACGAGUGGCUCUCAAGUUUGAGGGGGAGAACGACUCGACGACCCUUCAGCAGGUGGAGCGGCGGUUUGUCAUUGAGUACCGGGCGUGA